AUGGACAACUUUGGAGUUCCGAUUGGAGAAGAGCAACGGCAGCCGCCGCCACCACCAUUGGCAUCAACUUCUCAAAACAUCACGCCUUCCGGCAGCAUUGUGGUCCGUUUGCGCUAUUUGAACAUUUGGAAUGGCUUGAAUGCCGUCGGACAUGAGAUGGUUGUCGACAACACUGGCCGAGAGCUGCUUCCAAAGUUGCAGUACAAGGUGGAAGGACUGGAUCCGAACAAGAUGUACACGAUGCACGUGCACUUUGACCGAACGAACCGCGGCCUUAUGAGGUUCGAAAACGGUGUCUGGAAUCAGAUGGUUGAACCUGUGAAGGACGUUCCUGAGCAGACCAAUGUCAUUGCGCUGGGAACAGAGUCCGGUGCGGACUGGUUGCGAAACGGCGUCAACGUGAACAAACUCAGGAUCUUCAACGCGCCGUACCGGGGAGUCAAAGUGUCGAAGGAAGUGCUGGAACAAGAUGCAGUCAAAGUUGCAGAGAAGAAGGUGGACAAGGUGAGCUUUGUUUCGGUUUUUUGCAGAGUUGCUACGGGCCGGGCCGGGCCGAAAUUUUCAAAACUCCGGCCCGGCCCGGCCCGGUUCAAAAGCGGGAAUCCAAAUUUCGAACUAUUGAUUAAAUAAAAUGUUUGUUUUUCGUAGAACUAACGAAUUUUGCAAGUAUCGAGCAUAAAAAAGAAAUGUAGUUCUCAAAAAUAGUUUUUAUUAGCAUCAAAGCAAAAGUAACAAUUAAAAAAGAAGAAAAUAAUAACUUUUCCCAAUAAAUUUUUUACAGUUCGAAACGCUUUUUCAACGAGUUCCGUUUUUUUAUUUUGAUCCCCGCAAAAAAAAACGAAAAAAUAGAUUUCUCCCAAAAAUUUGAAUUCGCGCCUUUUGAGCCGGCCGGGCCGGGCCGGCCCGUAAUUUGACAAGUCUGAAAUGUUUCAGAUAAAUGUGACACCCCGUUGCCGAUAUGUUCCGGUCCUGAAGAUCUUCGAGUUGGUCGGUGCGCACAACAUCUUUCGCCACACUGCCAAAUUCGACGAGGCCACUUUUGUGGCUGUGAAGGAGUAUAAGGUAUUUUUCACGUUUGAACGAAACGGAUCUUGCAAAUAAACGACAUUUUUUCAGAACGAUAAGAUGAAAACAAUGAAAUUAUCUCGCGACAUUUAUCGUGCAAUGGCCGACGAACUGGCCAAAGAAAGAAGGCAAGCAGUUCGACAAAGUGCGAGGGAACGGGGACACAGAUAG